AUGACGACAUUCAACCCCAACGAUAUGGGCCAUGGAGGGCCCGAGAUGCACUUUGUGCCCGGGAUGGAUGAUCCUUCUCUCUACCAGCACAAUAUGCUCGACCUUAGCCAUCCAUUGGACCUGCAGUACUCAUCCCGGCUCAUGGGCUUUCCCAACUACGACUCCAUGAACGACCAUAUGGACCCGAGCCAGCUGCCUCCCACAAUCGCACCAAUGGACGCCUACAACGACCCCACCUACAUCCCAGAAGACUCGCAACUGCUGGGCUCAUCCAUGCCCAUGCGAACCGACUCGGCCACGUCCGAUGACAGCGCUUCCCGGGGCUUGCUCUCCAAUGCCUACUCGUCUGCAACGUCGCAAUCGUCGCAGACACCCCCCAUUCAACGAGAGCCCGGAUACAUGAACCCCACCGCCAUGGUGGACCAAGUGCUGGAGGGCACGAUUUCUUCUUCUAACACCAAGCAAUCCAUUCCCCCUGUCGAUGCUGUCCCCCAAUCCGUGCCUAGAAAGGCUGUCGAGGCCUCCAUUUCUGCCCGACCGGACGAAAUUGCCGAUGCCAUCUUCCUGGUGAACCCUACGGGGAAAAUUGUUCACUGUAACACUAUUGUUUCCACCCUGCUGGGUUGGUCCAAAGAUAAACUUGUCGGGGCAGACAUUCGAACGACUUUGCAUCCCGAGGAUGUCAACAAUUUUUAUAAUACCCUCCAUGAUGCCGUAACGCGCUCUCGAAAGUUCAAAUCACAUACCCGUUUUUCCAAGGUCGGGGGUUCUGCGCCCGUCUUUGAGCUUUUCGAGGUGAUUGGCACGCCAUACUCCUCAGACCUGGCCGACUCCGCUACACUUGAUUCCUCGCAAUCCGAAUGCCGAGGCGUGGUGCUCAACUGCCGGCCCUACCCCAGCCAACAGGCGGCUCAAUUCGACGGCUUCUUGCAGCUGAGCUCCGACAACCUGUGGCUGAAGCGCCAGCUGAACCGCGUGAGCACCAAUCUAACGCCUGAGGCGGUGUCUUUUAACGACGCCAGCGCCCGGCUUAAGGGACCUCCCGGAGUCUCCGAAUGGGUGGAUGAUAUGAUGCACAUGUCAUCCGAGAGUGGUUGGGGCUCUCCUGCCUCAGACGCCUCGGAUGCCCAGGAUCCUCCAGACCUACUUAAAUUUUACUAUCCCGAUCGUACUGACGAGGCCAACAAGGUCGUGACCUCCGCACCGUCUUCCACCUCCACGGGCUCCAACAGGCCCAGCAAGAAGGAUAAGCGGGUGCGUAAGCCCACCUCCAAGACCAAGGAGGGCGACUACAUCUGCACCGAGUGCGGCACCAUGAACUCUCCUGAGUGGAGAAAGGGUCCCCAGGGCCGAAAGACCCUGUGUAAUGCUUGCGGACUGAGAUGGUCUAAGCAGGCCAAGAAGCAGCAGCAGCAGGCGCAUUAG